UGACGAGGCGCCAUGUCUUCUCUACUCAAACGGGUCGCUGAUGGGAACGUCGCCAUCUUGGGUAUAUUAUGUGUCAUGGCCUACCUCUGCUCAGCGGAAGGCCAAACUUCGAAUUAUUUCUCCUUUCAUAUAACCAGUCGACGAAACGCCACAGGUCACUGUCUCGUCAGGGCAAUUUUCAACAUUCCAGAACCUGCUCGUCCAAUGUCAAACAACUUACAAGAAGAACAAGAAACCUGCUUUGAUGUUCAACAAAAUAUAAACACUGUGGAAAACCGAACAAUUAUACAACUUGUUUCAACCUUUAUUGGAGAAACUAUAAAUGAGGCUGGAUACGCGUUGUGGCACUCGGGGCAGCCAGACAGACCUGACGAGCACUGCGGUGGAAUGUCUAAGAAAGAUGGAAAAUUGGCCGACUUACCCUGCGGGGCAUCUUUGGCUUAUUUCUGUGAGAAAAAACUCUAAGGUAUAAAUGAGAAUGUGCAAAUGUCAUGUAAAAGUUAUCUUUUUUUACAAUUUGUAAUUAACGUCAAUAAAUACAAAUUGAAAUUUUGUUUGUUUAAUAGUGUAAAUGUGCAACUGUGUAACACAUUAGUGUUGAAACAUAUUGAAACAUAACUGUGUAAAUGGAUAUCGUACGUACUGAAAUACACCCCUAUUUAGUAAUUUAGUAUACCUCUGAGUGUGCAGAUGUGCGAAAGUGUGCAGUUCCGUAACUCGCGGCUAGACCACUUCCCGUGCACUAAUCGAAACGUGUCUCAUUCGACGCGUCUCUGUCUCCUGAUGGGAAACUGGUCAUUCGUUUUUGGAACCGGCUAGAAGAUUCAAAUAAAUUUCCAAAAACCUGUUUUUUUCGUGUUGUGGCGCUGGUAUCUUAGUGAUAAUGCAAAGAAUUAAACCAACGCCUCCUAAAUCGAUCAUUGUAGGUGACGUUCAUUAAACACCAGUAUCCAAAGGCAUUUUUAACUUAAUACGUCAUAAUUUGCUGCCACG